UUUCUUUCCUCCGUUUCCUCUGCGGACUCCUGUCCUCCGUGCAGGACAUGCACAGCCGCGCUGUCUCCUGUCUGUCCGUGCGUCUUUGUCAUUGUAAUGUCGCUGUGAUCCUCGUGCGUCAGGGCGACUGUCGUUUUGCAUUUCAACACCAAGUGACAAGCUGAAGAGGACUUUGUCUUUUUCUGAGCUGGAAUAAAAGUCGGAGUGCUGCAGGAGAAAGCCUGAACCUGGAUCUGUUUCACUGGAUAUUGGCUCCCACGUCGACCCGCUGGAUUGCUCUGAUUUCUUCGUUUUCACCAAACUCCUCUUAUAGUUUCUAUUAAUUUAAUUUUUUUACGCCUGGACUAAACCUGAGGAUGUUGCUUCGUCGCCUCAGCCCUCCCUCCUGGUCCACCUGUAGGUUUUUCUUCUGGAUUUUGUUGCUCCAAACGCCGCGGUCCUCCUCUCCACUAAUUACAGGCACAGAGGCCAGCUGUGAGAACGAGGGCGAGGUCCUGCACAUCCCCAACAUCACCGACAACCCCUGCAUCACCUGCGUCUGCCUGGAGGGGAAGGCUGACUGUAAGCAGGAGAAAUGUCCUCUGGUGUCAGAAGAGUGCGCUCUGGUGGUGAAGCAGACCGGCGCCUGCUGUGAGAGGUGUAAAGGUUGCCAGUUGGAUGGAAGAUCCUAUAACAGCUCAGUAUCCUGGACCAGCGCGACCAAACCCUGCAUCACUAGACGCUGCCAGGAAGGUGUCAUCACCGAGGCGGAAGCGCAGUGUGUCGUCCACUGCAAGAACCCAAAGAACCACCCGAAGAAAUGCUGCCCGACCUGCCCCAGCUGCAUCUUUGAAGGCCGACUGUACAAGGAGAAGGAGGAGUUCAGUCCGGAGGGCAAACCCUGCAUUAAAUGCACCUGCACUGGAGGGCGGACUCUGUGUAUGAGGGAGGUGUGUCCCGUCCUGUCCUGCCCCGCCCACCUCACCCACACGCCCUCGGGCCAGUGCUGUCCCAGAUGCCUGGGCCAGAGGAAAGUGUUUGAUCUGACGCUGGGAAGCUGUUUGUUCCACAGCGAGGUCUACGAGAACGGCACCUCCUUCAAGCACGACAACUGCACCACCUGCACCUGCAAGGAUUCCACGGUGGUGUGCAGGAGGCGGUGCUCGCAGCCGGGGAGUUGCCACGGCGACCACUGCUGCGCGGAGUGCCUGUCGUACGUGAAGGUGGAGGAGGUGAAGUACUGCCGAGUGCGCAACAAGAUCUACAGGGAAGGCGACAUGUGGUCGUCGGCCAACUGCUCGCUGUGCGCCUGCGUCAAGGGAAACAUCGAGUGCCGGCCCAAACAGUGUGUGCCAAUCAGCAGCUGCCCCGCGAAUAAGAUCCUGAACAGGACCGGCUGCUGUCCAGUUUGCACUGAAAAACCAGGUGUGUGUACAGUCUUCGGCGACCCCCACUACAACACCUUCGACGGCCGCACCUUUAACUUCCAGGGGACCUGCCAGUACGUGCUGACCCGAGACUGCGGCGGCGCCCCCUCUGGAGGCCAGUGGAACAACGUCAACAACCCAGACUCCAGCUUCACGGUCCUGGUGAAGAACGACGCCCGGCGGACUCGCUCCUUCUCCUGGACCCAGUCUGUGGAGCUGAAGCUGGGCACUUUGAGUCUCAGCCUCCACCAGCACCUGACGGUCCGGAGGAACGGCACCCGCAUCGCCCUGCCCUACCACGGCCCCGGGGUGCACAUCGACCUGGACGGAUACCUGCUCAAACUCACCACCAUCGCAGGUCUGGAGAUCACGUGGGACGGCGACAGCUUCGUGGAGGUGGUGGCCGCCCCUCACCUGCGGGGUCGCCUUUGCGGCCUCUGCGGCAACUACAACGGCCACAAGCGCGACGACACAAUGGGAGGCGACGGGCAGUUCAAGUUCGACGUGGACGAGUUCGCCGAGUCGUGGCGAGUCGACGGCAACGAGGUUUGCUCCCAGCAGCCCCCGUCCCGCCGGCCGACGUCCUUCCUGUGCCCCGGCAGCGUCAAGGUGAAGUUCCGCGCCCACAGAGAGUGCCAGAAGAUCAAGUCGUGGGAGUUUCAGAAGUGUCACCGCGUCGUCGACUUCUCCCCCUUCUACAGGUCGUGUGUGACUGACAUGUGUGAGUGUCCCGUCCACAAGAACUGCUACUGCGAGUCCUUCAUCGCCUACAGCCGAGCCUGCGAGAGGGAGGGCGUGCCCGUCCUCUGGAGGCCUGACACCGCUUGCAUGGCGACCCAGUGCAAACACGGUGCCGUGUACGACACCUGCGGGCCGGGCUGCACCAAAACCUGCGACAACUGGAACGAGAUCGGGCCGUGCCACAAGCCCUGCGUGGCCGGCUGCCACUGCCCCGCCAACCUGGUGCUGUUCCAGGGCCGCUGCAUCAAACCCACAUCCUGUCCUGGACGGUGACCCUUGUGACCCCGGGCGGGAGGGCAGGGGGGCUGGAGGGGGUCACCAAGCGGCAAUAUCAGGGGCCAGAAUAGCCGAGGAAAGGAAUGACGAGAGACGGGAAGGUAAACGGAUCGGAUCUGAAGUUUACAGAUCCGAUGCAACAAGGUACUCAGGGUCCAUAAAUUCCCCAGGGAGCAUGUUGGCUGGCUGAACUUCACGUAGCAGAUACAAACUCUGGCGAUGGACUGAAGGGAAACCUCAAGGACAGGCGUUGGAGGCGGAUGCCCUUUGCAUCCUGGCCAACAUUUUCCAGCAUUUUCACGCCUCUUGUGCCACCACGCGUUGCCACAGCAUCGUUCACUAUCGCAGGGGAAGCUCAUUUUAGUCUUGUAGAGGUAGGAAUUAUUUCCAGGAGAAAAAAAAAACAAACAAAAAACAAAACUCAGGGGCCCGAUGUUGAGACUUUGAGGUCGAGUCACUUUGAACGCCCCAUCUGAGGAACGUUGAAGCUACCGUGGACCCUCAGGAAAAAUAAGAGGUGGGCCGAUGGACUUAUUAGAGCCAACGUGGCGCCCAGAUCUCUCUCAGUUACCAUAAAUAUAAAGACUCUGACCUGGGAAACAUCUGCAUCUGUAACGGGGAGAUUCAACAUGGAGAAACUGUCAAAGUGCCCUUGUUCUCUCUCUCCCAUAGGGUCAUUUCAUACUGUAAACUAGCCAGAUUUAUAUGAAAGACAGACAGCUUUUGUAUUAUUAUUAUUGUCAUAAUUAUUAUUAUUAUUUGUUGUUGAUAUUGUUAAUUUAUAUAUCGGUCAAAUGAUAUGUCGUAGCAAGAGCCAGAAUCAUAAAUAUAAUAAUUGCGUUAUAAAUGAUUUAAAGGGAAAAAAAAGCUAUUUAUGUAUUUGUUGUGUACUUUUGUGUUACUGUUUGAAGAGAAAUGCCCAAAUGUGACUCAGUUGUUGCACCAUCGCAGGGAAAAAGUACUGUAUUGUGUUAAUGCUCCAUGUACAGGUUGUUGUGGUUAGUAUCAAACUGAAGGUGUUCAUCCAAGCAUACGUUUAACUUGACUCUGAGUAAUUAUUUAAGACCAGCAAUAUAAUCUUUUAUCAAAUUUCACUUUGGACGCUGUCUUUUCUCUUUGGCUUGUUGAAACGAGGUGGGAGGAGAAUGCAAAAAGGCAAAAGAAGCCAAUCGUGGUAGACUGUGGUUUCUUCUUUUGCAGGGGUUUUAGCAGUCGCCCGUUCCAAAUUCAAGUUCACUAAUCAGACAAUAAUUCAAUUUUACGGCCUUUUGCUUUUCACUGAAACUUGAAAAAAGUUUGUUCCAUCUGCAUCAUCAAUUAGAUAUCUUUGAAUUAUAUGCAGUAAAAUUUUAGGGUGUGUGUGCAUGUACAGGCAAACU